UGUAGAGCUAAGCCGUGUGGGGUUGAAUGGUGUAAAUCUGGACGUUGUGUGGCUUUUCACUCUGUAAUCAUCUUAUUCAGCCACGCAUAAAAACGCAGAGAACCUCAGUCAGGAAGAGCUGUUCGUCGGCUGAAUGUGUGCAGCAUUUACCGAUGCGUUAUGUGCCCAUUCGAGGAAACACUCACAAGCUUUAGGAGGUGUAAAGCAGUCCGUGUCCACAAAUGACCGAUCCCACAGCGAAGCAGGAAAUAUGUAGUUGUACACCGAUGUACAAGUUUUGUGACUCCUUAAGCCACAAAACUUCACUGGAUCCCUGAAGGUGAAGCGUAUCUGACAGCAAGAUGUUUGCAGCAGAAACUUUUAACCUUCUCAUAACUAUCGUGCAUGCUAUAAGUUGGGACUUUGCAGUACAGGAGAGAUUUUCACCAUGAAGGGCCCCAGCUCCAAAUGGGCCUUCUCACUGGGCUUAGUGGUGGGAACCUGCAGCAUGUACUUCUUCCUGCAUCAGGUGUGGUUCGAGCGAAGCUACCCUGUGCUCUCCGAGGCUCAGGAGACAGCCACAGAAGCAGGGGAGCGGCCAACCAUUUGGAGGAGAGAGGGAGGUGCACUCAUCAACCUGCUCCACCCUCACCAAGCAGAUGAAGACAGCAAGGUGGCAGACAUGUUGUUCCAGAGGGUUCGCAUUCUCUGCUGGGUAAUGACGAGGCCGUAUAACCUCCAGAGCAGGGCCAGCCAUGUCCGAGCCACCUGGAGUCGGCACUGCAACAUCGUGGUGUUCAUGAGCUCUGUGGAAGACCCCUCCUUUCCCACUGUGGGGCUGGGCACCAAAGAGGGCCGCGACCAGCUCUACUGGAAAACCAUCCGAGCCUUCCAGUACGUCUACGAGCAUCACGUGAAUGAAGCAGACUGGUUCCUUAAAGCUGAUGACGACACCUUCGUGGUGGUCGAUAACCUGCGUUGGCUUCUGUCCAACCACACUCCUGAAGAGCCCGUCUAUUUUGGUAAACGCUUUAAGCCGUACACCAAACAAGGCUACAUGAGCGGAGGUGCGGGGUACGUGCUCAGCAAGGAGGCCCUUAGAAGGUUUGUCGAAGGUUUCCGGACCGAGGCUUGCACACACACCACCCCUGUUGAAGACCUGGCCUUGGGGCAGUGUUUGGAGAAGAUGGGUGUCCUGGCAGGGGACUCUAGAGACACGUUGCAUCGGGAAACCUUCCACCCGUUUGUGCCGGAGCACCAUCUCACCACAAAGUUCUCCAAGAGCUUCUGGUACUGGAGUUAUUGUUUCUACCCGAUUGUUGAGGGUCCACAGUGCUGCUCGGACCUGGCCGUGUCAUUCCAUUAUGUGGAAGCACAGCUAAUGUAUACUCUGGAGUAUUACACCUACCACCUGAGAGCUUAUGGCUAUGUGCCACGCUACCUCCCCUCCACGCACCGCAGGCCGAGACUGCACCCGCAGACAAAGACGGCCGCUGCUGUGGGCGUUAAAGUAUCUCAGGAGGUGAUGGACACGACCAGUCGCGCAGCCCCUGCUCUGCUUGUCAACAGAAACCGAACCAUAGAACAGACACUAGCAGAGAGGGGCAGGAAAGAAGACGCCAAUUUUAAUUUACCCAUAAAUAAGACUGUAAGCGCACAAGGCAACCGUCACUGAUUCCCUACGCUGCUGAAGGAUCUUCGACUGCUGUGGAUCUGAUCCGGUUACAGCUUCUUCCACACCUAUGACAAGGUGAUCAAAGCCAGGAUGGAGCCUUUUUGCCCUCUGUGAAGUAUAUUGGCCAUGGUAAUAUUGUAAUACCCCCUUGGAUAUCCAUCCAUCCAUCCAUCCAUCCAUCCAUUUUCUUUACACCCUUGUCCCUUAGUGGGGUCGGGAGGGUUGCUGGUGCCUAUCUCCAGCUAUCUUUCCGAGCGAGAGGCCCCCUUGGAUAUAAUCUCAGAAUAUUUCACAGUAUUUCUCAGACAGCGCUCCCAGUGGGAGUGGAGACAAAUUAAUUAUGGCUCAGUGGCAGCUGCGUAUUGCCUGGGUAUAUUUUUACCCAACGUAAAAAACGCGCUUUUGGCUUAAUCAUGUUUGACUGCGCCUGGGUUUGUGACCCAAUCAGCAAUUUUUGUAGUGAUGCAGAAACAUUUUCACUUAGGCCAUCAUUAAUUUUAAUUUCAUUUUUCUUAUUAAAUGGAGAGCAGCAGUACAUUGUGAAACUGUGACGUAUCCAGGAUAUGUAUGGCCACUUUGAUUUUAAUUAGUGAUGUACUUCUUUUUCUGUUUUAACCUUUUAAAUCACAUGCAUAAACUUUGAAAUAUUGUGAGAUCCUGGUCACCUUUCUGUGUUGAAUUCUGGUUUGUUUUCAUUAGUAGCUCGAUAUUUAAUGCGUGCAGAGCAGAAUAUGUUUGAUACAGCAGCAACUGUGCUGCAGAGAUGCUUUUUGACUCUGACGCAAAGCUCUAAAGUCCUAAUGUGCAUUUAAAAGCAAGCUGUUCUGUUUCAUAGUGGUGAUAAACAUAAUUACACAUUUUCAGUGAAUCCCAUCAUGUGAUGUCAUAUUGAAUUUCCAAAUCACAAGCGUGCAGAAAGAUUCACCAUCAUUAAAUAAUAAAAAACAUAGUACUGCCAAUGGAUUAAAGAUGUAAUCAGAUAAAUCACACUCUAACGUUGUGAUUAAUCACUAUGAUUAACAUUGUAAGCCCGAAAUGCAUUAUGCAUGCAGUUGUGGAUCUUGCAGGAAUGGUCCUGUGGGCAAGCCCCUCCUUCUGCUGCACUCCAACAAAUUAAAAUGCAAGCAAUUAUCAAGUUUUUUUUUUUAGCAGGUAAUGUAGUUACGUGCAAACAAGUUGUAGAAAACGUAUUCAGGGGACAACUGGCAGAUAAUAUUUUAUUUUCUAGUUCUUGGCUUCCCCACCAGUUACUGAUGUUGCCCUGGGCAACUGUCCAUAUAGUCCAUAUCAAAAAACGCCACUGUAUGUGUGUCUAAUUGUCUCAAACCAAACAUGUCUGAAGAUUCUCAGUUUCCCAGGUUUUUGGUAUUCAGGGAGGUUUAUCGGAAGUCAUCUUGUUUUACGCGUUCAUUUAAAAAUGUCCCUCUACAUUGAUUUUGUGCGAUGAGGCGGUGGUACAAAUUAUACACGGCAUAAUUCGUGUAUGUGAAAUCUCGAGCUGGUACGCAUAGAUGCGCACACGUGGGUUGUGAAGCGACGCAGCACAAGAAAGUUGAACAAAGUUCAACCUUUGUUGCCGUCUGGUAUUGCGGGAAACGUUUAUCUUUCGCUGUCGUUCGUCGCUCCGUGAGAGAGGUCAGCAUCAUUAAUCUGCAUUUAUAAGAUUAUUAUUGUUACAUUUUUUUUUUUUAGAUCAAUCGAAUGUGUUAUCGGGUUAAUGUCGACAGCCCUCUAGAAAAUAUGUGAAAUUUAUGUUUAUUUUCAACUUUGAACAAAAAAAA